AUGGGCCAUCUAUCACCCUCCACCUCCGAGACGGAGAAGAUCUCGACCAACUACCCAGGCGUCUCAACAGAACAACAAGAGAACGUCCUGUCCGAUGCCUCUCUCGAGCCUUAUGGACCUUCAGGCUUCCGCGGCAUCUUCGUCUCUCACUAUGUGGCCAUGUGCGCCGCCUUCUCCGCCAUCGGCGGACUCCUUUUCGGCUACGACCAGGGCGUCAUCUCCGUCACCCUGGUCAUGGACGAGUUCCUCAGCCGCUUCCCCGAAGUCUCGGACCACGCCGCCGGGUCCGGCUUCAAGAAGGGCCUCAUGACCGCCAUGAUCACCCUGGGUGCCUUCAUCGGCGCCAUGAACCAGGGCUGGAUCGCCGACAUGAUCUCUCGGAAACGGUCCAUCAUGGUUGCCGUCGUCAUCUUCACCAUCGGCUCCUCCAUCCAGACUGCGGCCCUCAACUACGACAUGCUGGUUGGUGGUCGGUUCAUCGGAGGACUGGGCAUCGGCAUGCUCUCCAUGGUCGUCCCGUUGUACAUCUCCGAAAUCUCGCCCCCCGAAAUCCGCGGAUCCCUCCUCGUCUUCGAGCAGCUGUCCAUCGUCUUCGGAAUCGUCGUCUCCUUCUGGAUCACGUACGGCACAAAGGACAUCCCCAACCACUGGUCGUGGCAGCUGCCCUUCCUCAUCCAGAUCCUCCCCGGUCUCCUUCUCGGUUUCGGCGCCGUCUUCCUUCCGUACUCUCCCCGAUGGCUGGCCUCCAAGGGCCGCGAGGCCGAGGCCCUCUCCAACCUCUGCAAGCUCCGCGUCCUCCCCGACACCGACCCGCGAGUCCGCCGCGAGUGGAUGGAAAUCAUAGCCGAGGCCCGCUUUCAAGCGUCCGUCCUUGCUGACCGCCACCCCACUCUCGUCGGAAACGGCGAUAUAGCAAGCACCCUGAAGCUUGAGUUUGUAUCCUGGGCCGACUGCUUCAAAAAGGGAUGCCUCAAGCGCACGCAAGUGGGAGUUUUUCUGAUGUUUUUCCAACAAUUCGUCGGAAUCAACGCACUCAUCUACUAUUCCCCUACCCUAUUCGCGACCAUGGGACUCGAUCACAACAUGCAGCUCAUCAUGUCGGGUGUUCUGAACUGUGUUCAGUUGGUGGGCGUUAUUCCCAGUUUGUGGACGAUGGACCGCUUCGGACGCCGGUGGAUUCUGCUUGUGGGAAGCGUGGGAAUGACAAUCUCGCACACUGUGAUUGCUGUUCUGGUCGGCCUCUACUCGAACGACUGGCCGAACCACACUACCCAGGGUUGGGUCAGUGUGGCUUUCUUGCUGCUGUAUAUGCUUGUGUUUGGAGCCACAUGGGGCCCGGUGCCCUGGGCUAUGCCGUCCGAGGUCUUCCCCUCCUCCUUGAGAGCCAAGGGAGUUGCCAUUUCAACUUGUUCUAACUGGAUCAACAACUUCAUCAUCGGCCUGAUCACUCCCCCAAUGGUCCAAGAAACCGGAUUCGGCGCCUAUGUGUUCUUUGCCGCGUUCUGCCUGCUGUCUGGUAUCUGGACCUGGUUCUGCGUGCCUGAGACGAACGGAAAGACCCUCGAGCAGAUGGACGAGGUGUUUGGUGACCGCACUGGACUUGACGACGUUGCGAAGAAGAACCAGAUCUUCCGUGAGGUUGUCGAUGAGCAGACUCAUUCUUCAGUGGGUCUGCCGGCGUAG